AAUCUAAAUCACACUGCCACCACCGCGCCACCGCUGCCGCUCCCAUCCCCCACCGCUGGCCACCACAACUGCUGCCGUUCCCCCCACCAUUACCUCUUACACCACCAACUACUCUAGAUCCAUCCUCCUGAGAGAGACUGAGAGCACUAAAGAAGGCUGAGUGUCUCCAAAAUUCACGAUUCACAAUUCCUUCCCUAGAAUCUACAAUCCUGUUAUAGCGCUUCACGCUCUCCUCAAGAGCAUGAUACGGAAAGAUCUCCUGAGGAGAGUGCGUGGCUGAACAUUAUUUCAGCCAUUGCUGCUCAACUGUUUGACAAAUUGCUCCAACCAAAUUCUGUUUUCCUUCCAUUGAUUUUCACGACCAUUAAUUAGCACGGUUCGCGCAGAGAUGGAAGUAUCAGCAAAUCUAAUCCAUACAAUCCAUAAUUCCCUCACUGGUGGGGGAAUACAUUUUGCAACUCCAGUUGCAUCUUUGAGGACAAAUGAAUCCGACUUGGUCCGAGGAUUGUUGCAGAUGCUUCAAGGUUUAUCGGGUUCGCUAUUUUAUUGGGAUGACACUGGCCUGUUUUUUCGCUUCAAAAGUGGGAUCUAUGUGACUCAUCUUUCCCAGACAAGUUUGUUUCACAUUCUUGAACAGUUUUUAUAUGCUGGAACAUGCUUAAAAUUGGUUGAUAUUGUGGUGAACAAAGUUGAGAUAACCAAGAGCUUGACUCCACCAACUUUAAGAGCAUUUGCUAGCUCUGUUAGCACUUGGCUUAGAAGGAUAAGGGGCAUUGCUUUACAGGAACAGGUGAAAAUAAACAACCCAAGUAUUAAUACUGCUGUGUCUAUCUUGGGGUUGUCGAGUUCUUUAUCAAGUCUAUGCUCAGGAGCAGAAUAUUUGUUUCAAAUAGUACAUGGGACCAUCCCUCAAUCAUUUUUUGAGCUUGAUCCCUCUCUCCCUGCGGCAGAUAUUGCUGUGCAUAUUCUGAACCAUCUUUAUGGGAAGCUUAAUGAAGUUGCUCUUGUGCAAGGAGGGGAGGAGGAUGCAUACCGGAUGCUGCUUUAUAUAUUCGUAGGAAGUUUGCUGCCAUAUAUUGAGACCCUUGAUUCUUGGCUUUUCCAAGGAACUCUUGAUGAUCCUUUCGAUGAGAUGUUUUUUGUUGCAAAUAAAAAAAUUGCUAUUGAGGAGGCUGAGUUUUGGGAGAAAAGCUAUCUGCCUAGAUCAUCUACGUCAGGGAAAUUAAAAUUUGCAGAUUUAGCUCCAGAUUUUCCUCACUUGUCUAAAUUGAAAGAAGUUCUGACUGGCAGAGCUUCUGUAUCUUUGUCAAGUGCGGUCAUGGGAAAAGAAGAUACUAGUAAUGACUUUCAAGCUUGCCCGUUAUUCAUCAAAGACAUUGCAAAAGCUAUAAUUUCUGCAGGUAAAUCAUUGCAGCUGAUCCGUCAUGCUCCUUUGACAUCUCUUUCAGCAUUUUCUGGUGAUGAUCUUAAAAGUGUGUAUAGCAUAGCUGGGUUGACUUUGUCGGAAGUCUUUUGCCUGUCACUAAUAGCUCUUGUUGGUCAUGGUGAUCACAUCGCUAAGCAUUUAUGGCAAGAUGACAAACACUUAGUUGGAUCUGUUGGAAACAGUGAGGAGCCAGAUACUAUUGAUAAGAUCUCAGCAGCAAAAAAGCAGCCAAAAGAAUUCUGGCAGAAGUUAUUGGAUGACACCUUAGCCCAGAAAAGAAAUGUUUGCUUGACAUCAUCUUCGAGGACAGGUGCAAUUAAAUUCGACAAUCUGAAUGCAUUCGAAGGUCAUUCAAAUAAAACCGACCCACUUUCCCAAUUAUAUUGUUUGCAAAAUCCAGCGAUUACUGUUUUUCGUGAGAUUCUUCAUGAAAAUAAGGAUUCUUGGGGCUCAUUGAAUAUUUCUCAGGCAUUUCAUCUCCCCCCACUAAAUGAUGAGUCACUGAGGCAGGCUAUAUUCAGUAAUAACAGUGAAGGCUCUUUGGCAUUUAAGAACAUAGAUAGUACUUUUCAGUUUGGUGAGUUACAAGAUAUGAGAUUCCUGGAAGAUACAAAAUUACUGGAAGUUUUGCUUCCUUUUCCCACUGUGCUUCCAUUUUUCCAGGAGGACCUUCAGAUAUCAGAGGUUUUACCUUUUCAGAACAAUUGUACUCUUCCAUCAAGAACCCUUACCUGGAUCAAUAACACUGAACAUAAAACAACUCCUCUCCCUGUGGUUAUUAUUCAAGAAUGUCUUAUCUCCUAUAUAAAGAAACAGGCUGAUUAUAUUGGGAGGACUAUGUUGUCAAAGUUACUGAAUGACUGGAGAUUGCUAGAUGAGUUGGGUUUUCUACGUGCCAUAUAUUUAUUAGGAUCAGGUGAUCUGUUGCAACACUUCUUGUCUGUAAUCUUCAAUAAGCUAGACAAAGGAGAGUCCUUGGAUGAUGAUUUUGAGUUGAACACAAUAUUGCAGGAGUCAAUUAGGAAUUCUUCUGAUAAUGUACUACUGAGUACAUCUGAUUCGUUAGUCGUAUCAGUAGGGAGAAAUCUUGGUGAAGACGAACAAAGCAACCCAUCUAAUUCUGUCUCCACGCCUCGCAAAGGCGGAGGACUGAGCUUUGGCAUGGAUGUCCUCGAAUCUCUAAAGUUCACAUAUAAGGUCUCUUGGCCACUUGAAUUAAUAGCGAACCUGGAAGCAAUGAAAAAGUACAAUCAGGUUAUGAAUUUCUUAUUGAAAGUUAAACGUGCAAAAUUUGUGCUUGACAAGGCUCGGAAGUGGAUGUGGAAGGAAAGAAGCACUGCAAGAAGGAAACACAAGCGCCACUGGUUGCUAGAGCACAAACUGCUUCAUUUUGUAGAUGCCUUUCAUCAAUAUGUUAUGGACAGAGUAUAUCAUAAUGCAUGGCGAGAACUUUGUGAGGGUGUGGCAGCAGCUGGAACUCUUGAUGAAGUGAUUGAAGUACAUGAGGCCUACUUGUUGUCGAUUCAAAGACAAUGUUUCGUGGUUCCAGACAAGCUGUGGGGUUUGAUUGCUAGCCGUAUAAACAGUAUUCUUGGGCUAGCGCUGGACUUCUAUUCUGUACAGCAAACUAUAAACAGCAGUGGAGCAGUGUCUGCCGUAAAAGCAAGAUGUGAGAAGGAAGUGGAGAGAAUAGAGAAACAGUUUGAUGACUGCAUGGCCUUCCUUCUCAGGAUUCUCUCCGUGAAGCUCAACGUGGGGCAGUUCCCUCAUUUGGCGGCUCUAGUUACUCGUAUCAACUAUAACUGUUUCUACAUGUCCGAUGGUGGGGUAUUAACGAAAGCUCCUGGUUCAGUUACCUUGCGUCCAUCAUGAACAACCUAUAAUGUAUGUAUGUAUACGAACCCCUGUUUCUCAUUUAACCGCACUAGCUUGUAAGGCGAGCUCAGCAUUAUUCGACGUGGUCUAGGAAGAGGUCUGGAGUCGUAAGUCCGUGCUGCGUGGGAUGUGUGUAUAUUUUUGUACAUAAACUGAGAGGUACACUUAGAUUGUUGUGAAAUUCUUUGAAGGAUUCUUUGUUAGAUGAGAAUAUUGCAGAUUUUUAACAGCUUGCCAUCUAUGAUUUGUUAUCAACUGGUUUCUCGAAACCACGUGAGAUUGAUUUUGACGGCAAAAUAGAAAGAGGUCUAUUAUUUUUUUUCAA